UCUCGGCUCCCAGCUGCUGCCAUAUGUUCAGUUCUGUAGGAGGAAGGUUCGCGAUUGAAUUUUAAAGGUCAAUUAAAGCCACUAGCAACCAUCUUAGCUCUUCCCUCUGAGAAUGUGAUCAUUAGAGCCAGAGUUUAAGCUGAUCAAUUAACUUGUUAACUGCCUCAACUCGUGGGUGUGUGUCUCCCAGUAGUUCACAAGCUGCCUUUAGUGAGACACACAAUGGAGACGUGUGCCCACAAGUCCACGAGCCGUUGACUACUCAGAUAAUUGCCUUUUUCCUUUCAGAGCCUCCCAUCGUUUCUCACUUCCUGUACCGCAAUCAAUUCGCCAAGUCGUUUUCUAUUCAUGCUGCUGGAAAAAAAGAGCCCGCCGCCGUCCAGCUGAGUCGUCAGUGCAGUCAGUCGGACAAGACGGAGACACAGCCAAGACAAGGAAGAAGCCAUGCGACCCUCAUGUUCUGUGACACUUGAGCCCGGGUUGGAGAGAGGUGUCCCGUGGGGUCGUGACCUCUACACCUUUGUAACUUCAGCAGCGGGUCACAUGAUGAGGACUCUGCAGAAACCUCGGGAGAACCGUCCGUCCAAACGACAGGUCAACCACCGUCGCUUCCUGCACAACAUGAUCCAGAGAAAGUUUGCAGACAUUGAGGCAGCGAAGCAUCGGCUGGCAUUUGACCAGCCGGGUAGCCCACAAGGUGGUUAUCUACAAGAGCCUGAUACAUGCAGCGCUCACGCGGACGUAGAUGGCAUCUCUAAGACCAGGAGGGACGCCUCUGUUGCCUCACAGGAAGCUGAAACCAGUGAAAAGAAGCAGCCAGACUUGGGACAUCUUUGGAAACGACACCCCAAAUCACAGCGCGCCGCUUGCACUGCGAGAAAGAACAACCAGAGCAAAGAGAAACAGAAAAAAGAGACGAGAAAUCAACUAUCAUCCUCAUCAUCAACUAUGAGCUCCCUAAGAAGAACAGCCUAUCAGCCCGGGGCAGAGCUCCUUCAGGCAGAGUGUCGCGACGAUGAAAGUCCUCUGAAGGCCUCCAGCAGCGUCUCAGGAGACUCUGGAGCAGCUCAGCGGGACUCCGUCCAACAUGUGGACGCCUCUCCUUCCCUCUCUCCGUUAUCUCUCGACUUGGGCGACUUCUCGAUCCAGAUGUUCACUGACAUCUCAACCUGCAUGCAGGACGAGAAGAGCGCCGCUGGCAUUUCAGAGAGUCGGUGGACAGACAUCAUGGAUCUGUUCGGCGUCGGCAGUCAGGACUCCGGAGGCGGCUCGGAUGCAGAGGCCUCUUUUCAAAGUAUCGACGCAUGCCGAGGUGACGCCGGGAAGGAAGUCGGUGCUGAUGAUGAGGGAUUUGCAGAUCGGUCACAAGGUUAUAGCAACAGAUGCGAGAUGGAGGAACUACCAUGUGACACAGGUGAUGACAGAUGUCAAUACAGUUGUCAUGGAAACCAGGUGCAGAGUGAUCAGAGGAGCUCGCAGGCACCCAAACAAAAUGAAGUCGCUGCGGAGACACAGUUUAACCAUUUUAAAGCGAACCAAGAGACGGACGUCCUCCAAAACGAGUUCCCCACGUCGCUCAGCUACCACGCCUCCGAGCUGCAGGCGGACCAGCAUCCUCAGGUGGAGAGCCCCUGCAUGCUGCUACAUUGUGAUAGUGACCAACAUUUUACACCAUUUGAGGGCGUAGCUCAAUCAUUCUCUGUCCCGCUUCAUAAUGCUGAGCGACGCCCCAUACCCACACCGCCGCAUGAGGGGUGGCUGUUCACUGAUAUCUUAAAGGACAGGAAGUCACUGGACUGCGAGGAAAACACGUCUUUUUAGUGAGUAGUUUGUUCCUUAAAUGUUGAAGGUGAGGGAGCAGUGGAAAGGGUGCCGACCAUCUCUUCCUCAUUUCAUAGAAGGGCACGACCAAUCCAAAGGGGGCUUUCCUCAUCAUUUAUACUUUGCAGCAUUUUUUUAUUUGAAUGUGUUGUUUGCAUUUUACCCUUAAUUUUAAUGCCUAAAUGUCGUGAUUUGAAAACAUUUCAGUACAAAUCGGACAACGCGACUCCAACAAGAGCUUUUGAGGAUGUGCACUGUCAAAACAUUCCAGUUAAAUCUCAAGCCAUUUGUUGUGGUUGUAAAUACUGUGACAUUUAAAGCUUUACUUAAUAAAGGGGGGAACUCUUGUUCUUAUAUUAUACAAAAAACAUGAUUUAAAAAAAUGACAAUCACAUAUAUACUAUUCACUAAUAUACUUCUUAGUUUUAUAUUUAAUGACCGUUUUAUUCUGUAUUGUAUGUAAAGGAGCAGCACUACAUUUAUUCAAUUGCCUCGUGUUUUGUUCUUAGCAGCAAAAAGAUCUGAAAGCAUUAAUUAAAAUCAAUUAGAAAUACGUGUCAGAUUCAACCUCAAAUUCAACACAUUCAGCAUUUUUUUAAUAGUUUAAACACAAUUGAAUGUCAGUUUAUGAAAAUAUCUACUCACAUACACAUCAAAUUAUUUUCUUUUGCUUCCUUUUUGCACCAAACCUUUUAUGUGACUAAGUGAGAGCUAUAAACUGUUACUGUGUCUCAAUCUGUGUAUUGAUUACAGUGGUAUAAUAAGUGUGUAAUGUUGAUGUUUAAAGUCGUGAAACAUAUUCAGAAUGUUAAUAUGUGAAAGAUAAAUGCUGUUAUAACACCACUAACGCCUCCUUUCUUUUGUGUUUGUGUGUAGAAGUAAUGGAGGAAGUAUUUAGAUCCUUUACUGAAGUGCUGCAAUAUAAAAAUAUUAAAUUACAAGUAAUGGACUCGCAUUGAAAAUGUCAUGCAUAUGUAUUAUUAGAAAAUUGUAAUGAAAGUAUCAAGUAAAAGUACUUCUUAUUUAUGAGUGUUAUACCAUUAGUCAUAUGGGGGCAUGUUCUGCAGCAUAUUUAUGGAAUAUUAAUUAUGUUACAUUUAUGUGUCAUGUGUACAUUUUAGUUGUAGUUGGUUGAGGUAUUUUAAACAACUUUUUAUAGUUUUGUAUUUAAUCUAAAAACAAUACAUCAUAUCUUAGAAAUUGAUGAUGUAAAACCUGUUAUAGGGCAACAUUUCCUUGUGACGUGUAAACAGCAGCAUUGACGUAAAUGUGCUCAGCUCUCAAAGAAACACACAAAGAUCAAAACCAACGACAUAUAUUAAAGUUAACCCCAGUCAGAUGUUUUAUAAUUGCAGCAUCAAUAACAAAAAGAGGCUAAAACAAUAAACAACAUUGUUUCCACAAUAUUUCAAGUUCCACAGUAGCCACAAAGAAACAAAAAGUGAGCCCUAACACCGUGGAGAAGCACCCGUCUCGCCUCACAGGCGAUCUCGUUCCAGCAGCUCAAACCUCGUGUCUCCAGGUCCAUCAAGGUGGGAACAUCAUGGCCACGUUUAGACGUUGAUGCCACGGUGUGAGAAUACGACAUUUAACAGUUGGGAGUGACGGAUCGUGUCAGCUCAUUUGGCUUAAAUGCUUCAUGUCGACCUCCUUGAGAUAAAUUCCAAGCUGCCAGCGCCGCCGUGGUGCACUGACCCCGCCGGCUCCUUUCUAUCUCCAGUGGUAAUGUGUAAAGUGCAGCGUUUACACAACAUCUCAAAAGAAUGAACAAAACACAGCGUCAAAAUAAAUCAGUUGCAUAUCGCUAAAAUAAAAAUAAUUGUACAAACAGAAAAAAACCAAGAUAAAACCCUUCAAUAGAGCAUUAAAUACAUGUCGCCAGUAGUCAGACUCUUUCUCCACCAAUCACUCGGCGUGGUUCGUGGUGAACCUGGCACGCCGAAACUAAGCUCAACGCGUGUCACGCUUACGGUUCUCAUUUAGCAGAAGUCAGAUUUGCAUUGCGGUUUCCUUAAAAUACACACCUGUUCAAUUUAAACAGAAGGAAGGGGCGGCAGCAGAGAUGAACCCCGAUCACCGAGAAUCAACCGUAAACACCGGCAGGAUCAGUAAUCCGUUGCCGUCUAGUCGACAUUAUACAGGACUGUCUCAGAAAAUUAGAAUAUUGUGAUAAAGUUCUUUAUUUUCUGUAAUGCAAUUAAAAAAUUAUUAAAUAUUAAAAGAAUAAAAGGCUUGCAAUAUUUCAGUUGAUUUGUAAUGAAUCCAGAAUGCAUGACAUUUUUGUUUUUUUAAUUGCAUUACAGAAAAUAAAGAACUUUAUCACAAUAUUCUAAUUUUCUGAGACAGUCCUGUAUAUCACCAGAACACAAAGACAUUCAGAGAACAUUUGUGAUUUAUCUUAAUCUUCCUUUAGUUCCAAUUGAACGUUGAAGCUUCGGUGACAAUCUUCAUCAUUUCAAGAGAUAGAUCUACGUUUGGGACUUAUUUCCUUUUUCUGUCGAGAGAGAAGAUGAAAAUCAUCCUCAUGUCUGUAAAUGUGAUGCUGUACAGCUAGAAGACGCUGAGCUCAGCACAAAGACUGGAAACGGUCAACAAAACUACGACCGACAUCUCUAAAGCUCAUUAGUCGACACAUUGGACGUCGCUUGUUUUAUCUGUAGGAAAAAAAGUGUCAUGCUGUGUGUGUGCGGGCGGCUAGAUGCCAGAUUAUUUCUCAGCCUGGCGCAGGGACUUCCUGGAGUGUCUGCUGACUGCAUCGUUAACAAUUAAACGUCUUUGUUUUUGAAAAUGAGUGAGCUUUAGAGAUGCUCGCAAGUUGAUUGGCUCCCAGUCUUUAUGCUAAGCUAAGCUAAUCAAAAGCUGACUGUAGCUUGAGGUUUACCGUACGGACAUGAAAGUGGCACCAUCACCUCUCCACUAGAAAGCGGAUGAGCACAUCUCCCAAAACGUUUCACUACUUCUUUAAAACAUCGCCACGUGUGUCUCCAUCAACGUCUCGAUACCACAUCGAGUUCCUGGACAGCCGUAAAGGUGUGACAGGCAAACGGGUGCCGAAGAAGGUCAUGAACAAAAUGUAUUCAAACAAAAUAAAGACCUGUUAAAAUGUCUGUUGAACAAUAAAUACAACAUGCUGAGAUGUAUCACCAAAAGCAGGUUUCACAAAAACAUUGUCUCUCAUUCUGAGUCCAAUACGACUCGUAUCUGAAUGCUGUGAGUCUCGAGUUGUUACACAGGAACGGGGAGCCGUGAUCGAGUUCCUUCGACUGAGGAACAGAGGAAAGCUCACAUCCUCUACUUCGGUCAUCUAUUCUACAGCUACUCUACAUUGACUACUUAUUUAAGUCCCUUUUUCUCAUCCAUACGCCCACCAUUUGGUUAAACACAAACGCUUUGUUUGAUCAAUAAUUUAUACAGAUAAUCAGUAAAAAUCAAAAUUACAAUGUACAAUAUGCUUACCCCCGCCCCUCACCAAAAAAGUGUCGCAAUUAAUUCUGCUUUUGAUAAAAGAUAUUCAUUAAUAAAGUUCUCCAGGUUUUUUCUUCUAGUUAUGUUGCUGUGGUAACCAUCAACAAACCAGUAAAACCAGUUUCCCACCAGAAAGAUAUUCCAUGCAAAUUCACCUCUGAGACCCGACGCUGCAACACUGACUGACCAGUUCAGGCCGACAUCAGCACCAGAAUAACCAGAAUAACCAGAAUAAACUGAAUAAACAGAAUAAACAGAAUAACCAGAAUAACCAGAAUAAACAGCUUUCCCACAAGAUGAGAAGAGUUGCAAAAAAACAGCGAUCAAUAAUUUCCCAUCGGAUAUAAAUUAUAUAAAUUCAAAUUCUGAAGCAAUAUGUUAAGACUUUAG